ACUUUCUCUGGCCGCAGGGGCAUUGGCCUAACUCCCACUCGCCCACUCCCUUUCCCUUACACUCUCCCACUCCUUCCCCUCCUAUAUAUAUGUAUACAUAUCUCACAGUUCCACAACCACAAAGAAGAAGAAAAAACCAUGAAAACCCACUUCCUCUGCCCACUCUCCUUCCUCUUCUUCUUUGCCUUGGCCGCUCAGGCUGCCCCAGACGCGAACCCAAAAUGUGAAGCCCCUCAAGACCAUGGUUCGACCCUGAGGGUAUUCCACAUCUUCAGCCCUUGCUCCCCCUUCCGGCCACCGAACCCCGCGGCGGCGUCGUCGUGGGAGGAGAGCGUGCUCCAGUUGCAGGCCAAGGACCAAGCCAGGCUGCUUUACCUCUCCAGCCUGGUUGCCAAGCGAUCUGUUGUGCCCAUUGCGUCAGGCAGGCAGAUCGUUCAGAGCCCUACUUACAUUCUGAGGGCUAAGAUUGGAACCCCUCCUCAGACCAUGCUCAUGGCUCUUGAUACCAGCAGCGAUGCUGCUUGGAUCCCUUGCAAUGGCUGCGUUGGCUGCCCUUCUUCCUCCUUGUUCGACUCUCACAAGUCCACCACAUUCAAAUCCCUCGGCUGCCAGUCCCCUCAAUGCAAGCAGGUACCCAACCCUACUUGCGGCGGCAGCGCGUGCAUGUUCAACAUGACCUACGGCGGCUCUUCCAUCGCCGCCAACCUCUCUUCCGACACAGUCACUCUGGCCUCCGACCCGGUCCGGGGCUACACCUUCGGGUGCAUCCAGAAGGCGACGGGGAGCUCCGUGCCGCCGCAGGGACUUUUGGGCCUGGGCCGAGGUCCGUUGUCGUUCCUCUCCCAAACCCAAAGCCUCUACAAGUCUACCUUCUCCUAUUGCCUCCCAAGCUUCAAGUCCCUCAACUUCUCCGGCUCGUUGAGGCUUGGGCCUGUGGCCCAACCACAGAGGAUCAAGUACACCCCGUUGCUCAAAAAUCCCAGGAGAUCGUCUCUCUAUUACGUGAAUCUGGUCGGGAUUAAGGUCGGCCGGAAAGUCGUCGACAUUCCGGCUGGUGCUCUGGCUUUCAACCCACCACCGGCUCCGGCACCAUCAUCGAUUCCGGGUUUCCGCUUCCUCGUUGCAGGCACGGUGUUCACCCGGCUGGUGACGCCGGCGUACACGGCGGUGAGGGACGAGUUCCGGAGGAGGGUGGGGCGCAACGUCACGGUGACGUCACUGGGCGGGUUCGACACGUGCUACUCGGCCCCGAUCGUGCCACCCACCAUCACGCUCCAGUUUGCGGGGCUGAACGUGAGCCUCCCGGCGGAGAACAUCAUGAUCCACAGCACCGCGGGGAGCACGUCGUGCCUGGCGAUGGCGGCGGCGCCGGGCAACGUGAACUCCGUGGUGAACGUGAUCGCCAACAUGCAGCAGCAGAACCACCGGAUCCUGUUCGACGUGCCCAACUCCAGAAUCGGGGUGGCGCGUGAGCAAUGCACGUGA